CCCUCGCCCAGCCAACACGCUGCCUGCCUUCCCUCCUGACGAUCACUCGCGGCGGCUUCCAGACAUGCAGAUCAGCGCGGUGGUGGCGAUGGCUCUCCUGCUCGGCUCGGGCACGGCCUGCUUCAUCACCAACUGCCCCCCCGGCGGGAAGCGCUCCUCGCCCUCGGCUCAGCUGGGCAGCGUUCGCACGUGCGCACAGUGCGGCCCGGGACUGCAGGGCCGCUGCAUGGGCCCCGACAUCUGCUGCGGACCUGAGAUCGGCUGCUACAUGGGGACCCGCGAGGCCUUCCUGUGCCGCAGCGAAAACCUGGUGCCUGUGACCUGCAGCAACGACGACCUGAAGGCGUGCGGGAGGCAGCGUGAGGGGCGCUGUGCUUCCUCCGGCGUUUGCUGCACUGAAGUGAAGUGUGAAUUCGACAUCAACUGCGUGAUCGAGGGCGUGGACAGACACCGAUACUCCCUGUUAGACACUCUAACCGAAGCUCAAUGGAGGAUCUGAUCUGGCCUAUCAGGUCAACCCAGGUCACCCACGUCAGAGUGCCGGACACGUGAAACCUCUUGGUAGCGUCGUUCGUACCUGUCACAGACUUAUUUAUUUAUCAUUUUCCCCCAACUCGGUCCUUACAACACACACAGUUAUUAAAAUAGCCUGCCACGAGAAAAUGGUCAAUAAAUUAUACCAUAUUAUCAUCCCUUAGGUAUACAUGUCAACGACGAAGCUCAGAAACAUGACUACAUAGUGUUAGAUUCUAAGGUUGUUUAGCGUGUUAGAUUUAGAAUCCGUGCAGGGGUGUGAGGAGGGAAGGUCCUCUGCUCUCCUGUGGUGCUGGCUGGAUGUCCCUCCUCCUCCGCGCUCUCUCGGGGGACUCAACUCGGCGUCAGAUAUGUGUUUACAUGGUUGAAUAAAUGAAACUAUCUUGCUA